AUGGGAAUUUUCCGGCGAGGGGGAGAAGAAGUGCUGCAGAGUCCACUCCAAGGCGUAGAAGCUGUGGUCACUGUCGUCGAGCCCCACCACCAUCGCCGAUUUCUCCAUGCCUACAAAAAGCUUGAUCGGAAAUUGAAAACUGAGCGGAUGCCAAAAAAAAAAAAAAAAAAAAAAUGGUGCUUGCAAAACAGAGUGAAAAAAAUAGAGAGGGAUGAUGUGGAAAACCGGAUACUUGAAAACCGGGAGCCUUGUAAAGCAAAUAAUAUGGCUGCUUGUUUUGGCCUAGCCUCAAGCCCAAAGUUUUCGGCGGUUGGAGAGGAGGACCCUGGGCUCGGAUUGAUGGAGUUGGAUGGCAUCCGAGAGGCCCGAUUCCGGGAGAACUUUAAUUUUUUUUUCAUUACUAUACGAAUGUUUAUAUAA